CGGAUCCCGUUUGUGCGCGAGAUUCGGCCAGAAGAGGCGUGGAUCUACAGCUACCCGCACGUGGACAGCUAUGUGCCCACUUCAGCUCUGUGGUUUCUGGUGUUGGCCGGGCCAGCACUCGCCAUCGGCGCCUGCUUCCUCAUCUCGGGCGACUGGAUCGACCUGCGCGAGGCCAGUCUGUCGGCCUCGCUUUCACUGCUGCUCACCGGUAUCCUAACCAACUGCCUGAAGCUGGCGGUGGGCAGGCCGCGGCCCGACUUCCUUGCUCGCUGCCACCCGGACGGGCGGCUGCGGGCCGACCAGCCGUGCACCGGCGACGCGCACGCCAUCGCCGACGGACGCAAGAGCUUCCCCAGCGGCCACUCGUCCUUCUCCGCCUGUGUCGCUGUCUUCGUGUUCCUCUACCUGGCCGGCAAGCUGGGCACGUUCACGGAACGCGGCCGCCGCCAGUCGCACAAGCUGUUGGUGCUGUUCCCGCUGCUAGUGGCGGCGCUGAUCGCGGCCAGCCGCACCUGCGACUACCACCAUCACUGGCAGGACGUGCUGGCCGGCUGCGCGCUGGGUGCCGUCGUCGGCUGGGUCGGCUACAGCCAUUUCUACCCGUCUGUGUUCGCGGUGGCCGCCGACCGGCCGCACUGCGUGGCCGGCGUGGACGCGCCGCUGCCUCUGCACGUGACUGACACCGUCGACACCGCAGUCCCCGGCGAGGUCAAGUGGAUGUGAGGGAGAUGAGCAAUCUCGGAGCUGUGUAGUUACGUGGAGACGUAAAAUGUAUUUUUGUAAGCAUGGUAUGGUAUGGUGCUGGGAGCAAUAUCGGAGCUCUCGAGUGUGGACCGCAUUUUCUAGGUGUGGGGACAGUGUGCCGCGCUUUGGUCGAAUGAUGUUGAUGGUUUGGGUGUUGUGUUAGCGUAUGGCCGCUGAUGUGCUGUUGGGAGGCGCUAAUGGUCGUACGGUUAUCGACCAUUGACCAAUGUUUGGCCGUGUGGUCUGUGGUGCUGGUAUGUUCAGCACUUCAGGUAUUCCACUCCUCCACUUAUAUAUGUGGAAUAACUUAUGCAUUGUUGCCACGAGUGCGUAAGCUGGGCGUCACAAUGUGGAUUCCGAGGCACUCGUUCGGGGCCCACGGAGUAUUGUAUGUCCACAUUCUUAAAUGGCAGGAGCACCGGAAGUCCUCAGACAUUGGAAUGACCGGAAACAGUUAUUUGUGUUUUCUUUCCAUUCUGCGCCCACAGGGAUGAUGCAAAAUCUUCAGAAAGUCAGUGGAGGCUCAGUCCCGCUAAUCUAGCGCCCUCGCCCAUUUUUAAAUGGCUCCCAAUCUGCAACACAGUCGUUUUCGUAUUGCCGCUAGACCAUUUGUAAGAACGCAAUAAACGCUAAAUCAGCCAUUGGCGGGUGUACACACGUGAUCUCCAGGGUCACGUGCUGCCCCCCCCCCCCCCCUACCGCUGUCGGGUGUCGUUCAUGUAUUAAAAAUGUGUUUGAAUACAUGUUCACAAUAAAAAUUUCGGAUCGACGAGUAAAAUUAAAGAAAUCAGGAAGAUGGAUGCUCUUUUACGCCACACAACGAAUCCCCGCCCCCGUUCAUUACGAUUUCCUCCAUACGCCCUUGUUGGUAGUCUUUACUCUGCACGCACUAUCGCUUGACUCGGAUGCGACCAGCGGUUGUCCGCAGAGAAGGGCAGACCGAAAUAAAUAACCUCGCGAGGA